AUGUCGGGCCAGGGAGACCAGCUGGACAAAAUGUCUGCUUUGCUGGCAGAAGUGGCUGCUCAGCUAGAACAAGUGAAGCUGCAAGGAUCACGGCGUGAAGAGCAGCAUCAAGACCUCACUGAUCGCAUGACUCAGUUGGAAGCACGCAUGGAUGCCCCACAGUCCUCGGCUGCCGUGCUCAUUCCGACUCAGCUGCAGCCACAGUCCUUCACAGUGCCGUUAGCACAGGGGGUAGACCUCAACGCCCCGGCCACGGUUGGGCAGUGCAUGGAGCUGGUGCAGAUGGCGAUGCAGCAGAAGGUCGCCCCUGCUCUGGGAGCCGUCUACUCCUCCCUGUCUACCUCACAGGUGAGGACAAACGAGCGAGUGAGCAACCUUGAGCAGCAGGUCCGGGCCCUUCGCAUCCGCACAGCCUGGGCCGAGAAGGACAUGCUCUUUGCUCAGAUCGAGCAGGCCAAACGUACCAUAGUAUGCCGCAACUUCCCCACGUGGCAGACGGAGGCGGACCGUCGCCUCACAGUGGAAAAGGCCCUUGCGAAAGCUGGGCUGUGGAACAUUGAUGGCAUGUGGGACUUGACCACGACACGCCUGGACACCGGCACGCCGGGCAAGCCGGAGCUCUCCGCCACGUCCAUCGUCACAGUCCCCUCCCUCACAAUCCGGAAGCGGAUCCUGGAGGUAGCGGACAGGGUGUACCCUUGGUACUUCCACCAGGAGAAGCCCGGGACCACGGAGGAGCCCAAGGAGCCCGACGAGGCGAAGGAUAGUUCCGAAGGGACGGCGGAGAAGACCAAGGCAGAAUCCUCACAGGCAGCCGGGUCUAAGGAGGAAGCCAAGACCAGGCUUGCUUCGCCGCUCCAGGGACUCAUGAACGCCUACAGGGCGGCCUUCAGCAAGUUCGCCAAGGAGCCAUUGGUGCCGAGGUGGAAGACCUUGGCCCUGGUCGACUCCAAAGAGGCUUGGCUGGGCCGCAUCGUGUACCGUCGCGGGGUCCCCUCACAGACGACCUCCACAGGAACCCUCACAGACUGGGAGUGCGAGAUCCACAUUCCGGAGGAGCACGCCAACAAGCUCUUGGAGACCUGGCGCAGCAUCUGGUACGACCAAUUGCGACAGCAGGUCAACCAGACGACUGUCGAGCAGGAAGCUUUCGACAGUGCAGCCCGCCUCACAGCACACAACUACGCAGAGGCCAAGAGACUCAGCAGGUUCCUGACCAAGGCCAUCCCAGAGUACAACGAGGGCGAGGACGAAGGAUUGGAUCACUGGAUCGCCAGGUUCCGGUAUGAGUUCCCAUGGCCGGUGAAGUUUGUGCAAGUUCCAUCGGAUGCCGAAGAGAGGACACACUUCACAGGACUCAGGUCCACAGAAGAACUCAUGGAACAGAUGGCGGCUCAGGAACAGGAGGCUGCCUUCACAGUGGACUCGGAGAGCGGAGGUGUGGGGGCGAUGAUCGACGUGGCCUCCCAAGUGAAGCGCACUCACAGUGAUGCCGCCUCCGCUGUCAGUGGCAUCAGUGCGGCCAGCAAUCCGAGCUCUGGGCUUCCUCCUCCACAGCCCACCAAGGCCAGGCCGAGCUACUACCCGUUCGGCUCACAGGCGGAGCUCGAGGGCGCGGUAGAGGAAGCCAAGAUCACCCACAUCAACAACGGUGGGGUCCCCACGGACUACUCACAGGAGGCCUGGGAGGCAUGGUGCAUCAAGCGCCGUGCUGCUGGCUCGCAGUGA